AUAUUACGUUCAAUCUGUCACUUGUGAAGUCUAAUAUUCCAUUCAAAAUUGGAAGAUGUGGCAACCUUGCCAACUAACCUCACAUUCUGAGCCUCAUCUUUCAAUGCUAUGUCAACGGAAAAUUAUUGAUGUUUUAAACUUAUAUUUGUGGCUCGCGAUUGUUUAGCUAAGUUUUCAAAAUGCCUUACAAGUGCAGCGUUACUAAUUGUGUCGGUAAUUACGGGAAGGGUCCGAAUGUACACGUAUUUUCGUUUCCAUUGAACGAAAACUGUCGUAAAAGAUGGCUCAAUGCAAUCCCUCGUAGUGAUUUAGUGGUUACAAAAUACACCCGAGUAUGUAAUUUGCACUUUGCUGAGGACAGCAUCAUUUGGGAAUCCACCUUCCAUGACGAAAAGACAGGACAUAUCAAGCAGAAGAAGCCGAGAUGAGAAAUUGAGGGACAAGGAACAAGAACAACUACAUAAAG